GGGGGCAGCUGCGCGAGCCAAGCGGUGCCCAGCGCGUCCCCCGCCGAGGGGACACACCACGGACAAGCACCGUCUGCGUACGCGCGCGGUGUUGAGGCCGCCAGGUGUCUAGGUUUAUAGUUGCAACAUAAUGGCUGUCUCCAUAAAAGAAUGCCUUGAGCUUCAGCUGUUGGAGAUGGAAAUGCUUUUUUCAAUGUUUCCUAAUAAAGGAGAAAUAAACCUUCGGGACCAAAAUGCUCUUACCUGCAUACAGCUCUAUUUGAAGAACACAAAGGAAGAGCUACCACCUCAAAUUGACUAUUCGGUUUCUGUUAACAUAGACGAGCCAAAGGUAAAAGUAGAUUUGCAGGUAAUCUUGCCUCACACGUACCCUUAUUCUGCACCACAGCUGUUUGCAAGAUCAAAUGCACUAGACAGAGAGCAACAACUGCAGCUUAACAAGCAUCUCACUUCUCAUGUCAGUUCUUUGAAUACAGGAGAAUUGUGCAUAUGUACAGCUCUGCAGUGGAUUCAAGACAAUACCACACCUUACUUCCAAAAAAGAAAGGUCUGUUCUGAAGCAGCUCCAAAAGAAAAGGCACUUAGAAGAACAUUUCAUAGAAUGUGGAUCUAUAGCCAUCAUAUAUAUAGGCAGGAACUGAGAAAGAAGAUUUUUGAUUGUGCAAAGCAGUUAAAUCUGACUGGUUUUUGCCUGACAGGAAAACCUGGUAUCAUCUGUGUGGAGGGGAUAAAAGAAAGCUGUGAGGAGUUCUGGCAUGUUAUUAGAUAUCCCAACUGGAAACACAUUUCAUGCAAGCAUGUCGAGAACAUAGAAACUCAGGGUAAUGGGGAUAACCUUAGACUCUUCACUACUUUUGAAGAUUUACAGUUUCAAGCACAUGGUGAUUAUGGACUGAAGAAUGACUAUCACAUGGAUCUUGGCCAAUUCCUAGAAUUCCUGAAACAACAUCAAAGUGAACAUGUUUUUCUGAUCCUGUUUGGUGUUGAAGGCAAACAGUCAGACAACUAAAUCUAGUUCCAUGAACAGUUUUAAUGUUGUGCAGCUUAAUAUAAAAAUAAUUGUUAAUGUCCUCCAUAGAUAUACUGUAAUAAAAGUCAAUACACUGUGUUUUGCAACCAUUAACAAUAAAGGACCUGUGUAACAUAGGGAAAGCACAGUGUAUUUUUCCAUCUGUUCUAAACACCUCAUAACACUUCUGAAGUGCAUAAACUAGUGUAUCUAAUGCUAUAUGUCAUCAUUUCCCACCUUUUCCAUCCCAUGGCACACUUACAUGAAUAAAAAAACAUUGCAGCACACUGGAUGCAGAGCGGGGUGGGGGGAGGAGCAUGGCCAGACACGGAGUGCUGGGGGGGAGCGGGGCACAGCACCUGAAUCACUGGCUGGAGCCACCCCCUCCUCCCCAACAGUACACCAGUGUGCCACGACACACCCGUUGGGAAAUGCUGCUUAUACGUGAUAGCAAAUAAUCAACAUUUGUAAUUCCCACAUAGUCUGAUCACACACUUUGUUAUUCUGAAUUAUAAAGUCCAUUUUGUCACUUCUGUGUCACAUGGUAGUUUUUCAGGUCUAAGCUUGUAAUAAUUGUGUGUAUAAAACUGAGGAAAUGGACUAUGAAUGGAAACUAUCUUCAAGAGUAGGUAGAAUACCAUAUACGUAUUCACAAAUAUCUGCUUUAAAUUUAUUUGAAGUAAAAUAAACCUUUAAAUGGAGGUUUUUUUGGUUUUGAAAAU